CAAAUUUCUGAGUGAUAAAAAACCUAGUGUUGAGCAGCUAGUGAUAAAAUCUGGUGUUAAUUUACAAAUAGUAUAUGCUUUAUCACUUGUUUAGUGAUAAUGCAGAGUGUUUCUUUUGGGUGUUCACACAAAAUCAACAUCUGCGCAUGUGCAGAGCAUUUUCAAUCUCUCCGCCCAUCAGUAUACUGCCUCAAUUUCGCGCUCUUUUGAUCCGCCCUUUCAUCUUGAGUUCACCAUUUCACGGUAACGAAUGACUGAAAGUGAAGCGGUGAGACUACUAAAUUCGUUAAUGGAGGACGAUGGAGGUAGACGUUGGACAGUAAAGGCAAGAACACAAUACAUGGACACUAGAAAAUAUAUAAAACUCAAAGAGCCAUGCUUUUUGGAGUUUGUCACUGAAGCAAAAAAAGCAUUUGCCAUUCGAGAACAGACACCUGUUAAGGUAACAGAUGACACCUCUACAGAAGUGGACGAGGAUGUAUUUCCUGAACUUGUUGCUGAAAGGGGCAUUUGCUUUAGUUUACAUACUAAUAAUGAUUCCACUUCUGCACAUAAGUUGUCCCCUCUUCUGACUGAUGGGAACUCUGUCAGCAAGACUUCAACCUUUACUGAAUGCAAUAAAGGCAACAAAACGUCUGCAUUUCAUUCCAAAAGACCCAGGUUGGAUGAUUCCAAGCUUGCAAAAGAGACCAUUGAAGACAUCCUAAAGUGCAAACCUGGUGGUGUAGAAGUCAUGCAGCACUAUAAAGACACUGGUAAUCUCUCAACCUCCAAAAGAAAGGAGAUGAUUAAUAUAUUGGUUGCACACAUGACUGAACAAGAAGGGUAAGCUUUGUUCAUUUAAUGUGUUAAGAUCACUGUACUUACAACUUAUUCAAAUGUGACCCUGCCUGUGAAAUACUAUUAAAUAUUUAUUAAUAAAUAAAUACAUCAUGUAGUUGCUUAACCCGUGGUUUCUAAAGUGAUCCAACAUUACUUUUACGCCAAGUGUACCAAGAACCGUUUUUAUAGAUGCUAUUGUUUCUACCCCAAGUAAACAGGAGGGUUUGGUUUCAUGGUGUAUUGUUUAUUAUUGCAGAAGGAUACCGCUUAAGGCCACAAGAGAGAUGUAUGCCCUUGGCAUUAUUACUCUUUCCAAACCUAAAAGAUCCUGAAGGGAAGACAGGCUAUGAACAAUACUAUGACACACAGAGAGGCACAGGUUUUAUUAUGAAUCGCCUAAAGACGGUUCAGAGAAACACUAAUUGUAAAAUGCCCUCUCAAUCAAAUGAGAAAUCUUGUGACCCUAGAAUGGAGGAAAUGAUCUGCCUUACAGAUCAGCUAACAGCUGAUGAUUGCCAAGAAGCAAUCUCACUGCUUAAACACAGCACUGAUCGUGAUAUCAUCUUCUGGAAGAUGAAAGAAACGUUUAAGUACCGUCAGGAGAUUGUAAAGGACCCAAAGUCGUCCACCUCCAUCUUUCACAUUUUUCCUAGAUUCCGGGACACCAAGGGUCUGAUACAUCAAGACUUUGCUUUGAUGUCUGGCCUGGAAACAGCCUCCAGAUUUUUAGAGAAGUGGAAUACCUCCUUCAAGCAAAAUGUGAUUAAGGAGGCAAAAACUCUAAAUCCAUCUGCAUUCCUGCUACAGCUACUGAAAUCUGCUGAAAAAAACAACGGAGACAACAGUAAUGAAGAAUGGGAUAGUGACAUAGCAUCUCUGCUUUUGCUGUUACACCUCCUUGCACCCCAACCUUCUGGAAGGAAGAGAGCAGCCAAGAUCAGUGUGAGAGAUGCUGUUGGUCGCCUCCUGAAAUUUGAAAAGUCCUGCAGAAGUUUGGAGGACCAUCUCUCAGAGGUGGAGGACAGACAGCCCUAUCUUCUGGCCACUGGACAAACCAAAGCAGAUGCACUUAAAUUCUACAUUGUGGUCGACAAGAAUCUCAUACCCUGUCAAGCAAGUACUUCACUUGGAGCUUUUGAUGAGCUUUUCAAAGCUCAUUAUGUCUUUGGUGCACAAUAUGACCCAUCUCUCAGCAACAUGUUCACCUUUAUCCAGACAACAAUCUACAAAAUCCAUCCUAGCACGUCCAGCCAAUCAUCACGCACUCGAGAGCUGAGAGCGAAACUGUUAAACAGUUCAAUGGAAAGUACAUAAUGAGAAGAUGUUUCAUUUGCAAGUCUUUGCUGGGUACAAGCAUUAAAUUGUUUCGACACCUGAAGUUAGCUCAUGGCAUGUACCCAUGGGUACAUGCCAUGAGCUAACAUACUUAGAAAAGACAACUUGAGGAUUAUUUCUUUGUUUGAUGCACAGAUCUCCUAUGGUGCUGACUCAUUUUUUUACAUAGUUGCAAAAAAUGAACUUGUUUGAAACACUCAGAUCUAUUUAUUUAGCCUGUACAAGAAUAGUAUAUUUGAUCAGAAUGAAUGUAUAUUUUAUAUAUAUAUAUUUUUGACCAUUGAUGAGUUAAAGAUGACAUAAAAAUGUUGUAUUUUCAAUUGAUGUUAUUGCAGUGUAUGUUUACUUAGAAAAUUUGAGUCAAUUUCUAUUGAAAAUGUCAGCAGAUUGUUUGAUAAAGUAUAUAGACAUGUACAGAUGUCCUAUCGUGCUGACGAAUUUCUCAUUUUUUUACAAAAAUGUAUAUUUUCACACUAUUAAGAUGCUAUUGCAUUGGAGACUGCAUUGUUUUAUUCAAUUGUAUGUCAUUAAAAU